AAAUGACAGAGACGUCGUUCUCGGCACUCUCCGACGACGUUGUUCUGAGCAUCUUCUUGAAGCUCGAAGAUGACCCCAAGAGCUGGGCUUGUAUCGCUUGCGUCUGCACCAAAUUCUCCUCCCUGAUUCGCAACACCUGCUUUAAACAAAGAUGCUCCAAAACCAUCCCCUCCGUCUGCGCCGAUCUCUUCUUCUCAUCGUCCAUCCUGCCCGGCGGCUGGGCGUCUCUCCACAAGCUCUCUGUAUGCUGCCCUGGCCUCCACCACGCCGGCGUCCUUCUCGAGCACUCCGAUUUCGGCGACGCUGUACCCCAAGCCUCGAGGCCGUACACCGAGCUAUAUUCCAGCAAAGUGGAAAAGAAGCCCAAUCCGGAUCCCGAAGUUAACGUUCCCAGGUCCGAUUCUUCAUUGCACAUUAUCGAUGAUCAAUGUUACGACACAGUGUCUAAUGUGUCUGAGUCUAUAGAUGGUUAUACUGUAGAAACAAUCGACAACAAAGACAUUAAACUCGGGCUUUCCGUUUGUAAGCGAAGGAAGAUAUCUAAACCGCUCAGAUCCCAUCUAGCAUACGGCGUUUGGAACUUAAGCCGAGAACGAGGCAAUAAGCUGUUAGCAAGCCGAUUCCGAGGCGAUUGCUUAUACAUUUGCGACUGGCCGGGGUGCAUUCACUCGGAGGAGAAGCGAAAUUACAUGCUUUUCAGAGGGAUUUUCAAGAACUUCAAGAAAUCCCAUGUGUGGAGGACUAUAAACGAUGGGAACAGAAACAAGACCGAUCUGAACUGCGCCUUCUGCUCUUGCGAACAGACAUGGGAUUUGCGUUCUGCUUUCUGUUUGAGGCGGGUUUUCGGGUACCAUGACGACGGGGAGCCUGUUGUUCGAGCAUAUGUUUGUGAGAACGGGCAUGUUUCCGGUGCUUGGACUGAUUUGCCUCUGUACGCUUAGGAGCGACAGAUCAUUGUAGCAUCUCAAAUUUAGUUUUAA